CGUCCUUCUCAGCAAUCCCAAUUUCAUCUAAAUCUGCAUUUCCUUCUUCUUCUCGAUGUAAUGUCAAGUCCAGAAUCUGUUGCUCCGUCGGAGAAAAUCUGGUGACUAAGGAAUUUUGAAGUAGCCUGAGAUGGUUUGUCCAAGUCUUAGGUUUACAUCCAAAUGCAUCAGACCAUUGCUGUCACAAGCUUAUAAUUGGAAGGACAAAAUGGGAAUGCGUAAGAAAAUUCACUUGGGGGAAGUUGUAUCAGAAGAGCUACAAACUCUCGCGGUCAAUGUGGUCUUAGCUAACAAUAGAAUGUGGUCUUAGCAGAAAAUCUGGUGACUAAGGAAUUUUUUGAAGUAGCCUGAGAUGGUUUGUCCAAGUCUUAGGUUUACAUCAAAAUGCAUCAGACCAUUGCUGUCACAAGCUUAUAAUUGGAAGGACAAAAUGGGAAUGCGUAAGAAAAUUCACUUGGGGGAAGUUGUAUCAGAAGAGCUACAAACUCUCGCGGUCAAUGUGGUCUUAGCUAACAAUAGAAUGCAAAGGAUUCAUAUAGGCAAUACCAAGAACUGUUGCUGAACCAAAAGCUAUAAAUGCAACUGAGCCUUUGUUGCUUGAUGCUGUUAGGGGUAAAGAAGUAGAAAGGCCUCCUGUUUGGCUUAUGAGACAAGCAGGGAGGUAUAUGAAGAGUUAUCAAAUCCUUUGUGAGAAGCAUCCAUCCUUCCGUGAGAGAUCAGAAAAUGUAGAUCUGGUGGUAGAAAUUUCUCUACAGCCAUGGAAAGUAUUCCAGCCUGAUGGGGUCAUUUUGUUUUCAGAUAUUCUUACUCCGCUCUCUGGAAUGAACAUCCCUUUUGACAUCAUAAAGGGGAAGGGUCCUGUCAUAUUUGAUCCACCGAGAACAGCUACUGAUGUUGAGAAAGUUAGAGAAUUCAUUCCUGAAGAAUCAGUUCCAUAUGUCGGAGAAGCAUUAACAAUUUUGCGGAAAGAGGUCAAUAAUCAAGCAGCAGUUCUGGGUUUCGUUGGGGCACCAUUUACCUUGGCAUCAUACGUGAUUGAAGGCGGUUCCUCUAAGAACUUCACAAAAAUUAAGAGAUUAGCUUUUGCAGAGCCCAAGGUCCUUCAUGCACUGCUUCAAAAAUUUGCGACCUCAAUGGCUAAGUAUAUCCGUUAUCAAGCUGACAAUGGUGCUCAAGCAGUACAGAUCUUUGAUUCAUGGGCCACAGAGCUAAGCCCAGUCGAUUUUGAAGAGUUCAGUUUGCCUUACUUAAAACAGAUAGUUGAUUCAGUGAAACUAACCCAUCCUGAUCUUCCGCUGAUUCUUUAUGCAAGUGGAUCAGGUGGCUUGCUUGAGAGACUACUCUUGACAGGGGUUGAUGUGGUCAGCUUGGACUGGACAGUUGAUAUUGCUGAUGGUAGGAGACGACUGGGUCCAAAUGUGGCUGUACAAGGUAACGUGGAUCCUGGAGUGCUUUUUGGCUCAAAAGAAUUUAUUACCAAUAGGAUAAACGAUACCGUGAAGAAAGCUGGCAGAGGGAAACAUAUUUUGAACCUUGGACACGGCAUCAAAGUUGGUACACCUGAGGAAAAUGUGGCUCACUUCUUUGAGGUUGCCAAAGGUCUUAGGUAUUAGAAACAGAUUAGAUCGUUAUCAAUUUUAACCUGUUCCAUAUUUUCCACGAGGUCUUUCAUUCUUCGGCGCAUUUUUUUCAUUUGCAUGUAAUUCUUCCUAUGAACAAGGGAAAAUGUAGCUCACUUCUUUGAGGUUGCCAAAGGUCUUAAUUUUGGAAACAGAUUAGAUUGUUAUUAAUUUUAACUUUCCAGAGAUCUCUCAUUCUUCUCAUUUGUAUCUAAUGCUUCCUACGAACAGGGAAAGAAAAUAUUCAAAGCAUUUUUUUGGAA